CUAACCCUCGGGGCUAUCUCGCAAAGUCAAGACAGGGCCAAGUCUGCAACGACAUCAUGACCCUUUGAUACACCCUCAAGAACGACUGACGAACUCGCAAGGUUGCGUGUCUUGGACUUAUAUAAAGCCACACCUCAAGUGUUCUCCCACAGAACGUGGUUUGUCCAGUAUACCAUCUCCCGGCGCGAGCACAAGUCUGCGUCGCUCCGUCCACCAGGGAGGACACCCAAAAGGUUUACUUGAAAAGUCAUCAUAUCAUUACCACACCAACUGAAAUCACUUCCCCCUACACAUCCAACCCACGCAAAAUGCGUACUUCCCUCAUCCUCGCCGGCAUCUAUGCCACCCUCUCCGUCAUCGCUGCCCCAAUCACCCCUCCUCCAACCGACCUCAACACCGCCGAAUCAGAGCCCCUUGCCCCAAACCUCGAGGGCGUCGACGUCGACAGCGAUGCGUCCUCUAUGGCAGAUCCGAAGCCAGCGACCGGGUGGCCAGGCUACGAAAGACCAAAAAACAAGAUCCCCCAGCCGUCUACCAAGGAAGAGUACGAGAAGUCUCGGGAAUAUAACCCCAAGUUUGGCAAGCUGCAGCCUCGGCCCAGGCCGGACAACCCGUUCAAGAACCCCAAAUGGAGGGUCCCGCCCAACGACCCAAACACCUUCAAGGACAGAAACCCGUUCCGGUCGUGGCCGCACAGGGACCCGUUCAAGAUGCCCAAGAAGAACCCCUUCAAGCUGCCGGAGAAGAAGCUCGAGCCGAAACCCGAGCCGGAGGUGAAUAUCGAGCCGAUGCCGAAGCAGCCAGAGCAGAAGGAUGCAAAGCCGGAGCGAUACCCGACGCUCGAAGAGACGAUACAGAAGAAUGCAGAGCCGGCGCGGUACCCGACUCACGAAGAGUGGACUGAGCAGAGCAGGGAAAUGGCCAUUGCGAAACAGUAUGAUCCGUGGCACAAAGAUGAUCGGAGCCCGGAUGCGGCACCAGAUAAUGAACCGACUUAUGAGCCGCAUGAGACGGAUGCCCGAAGGGUUGGGAAUUAGACGUCGAUUGUGAUCACCAAGGACGCGGGCGUCUUUUGCUGCUGCACCCCUUCGUCUCUCACGUUUGAGAGUUUGAGGAUGUUCGGGGGAAGGAGCGAGAAGAUGGCGAAGCGCGGUGAGGUCAAUGUCGAUAAGCUCUGGAAGUUGAACCUGUAUGUCUACCAAACCAUAACGUGUUGCAGGAACAAGGACGCCAGGGUGCUCAUCUCUCAGUGCGAGUAGUUUCAGCUUUCAAAUGAUAAAUUUAGACAAGCAAACAUAUUGCUAGAAGCCUUCCAGUAGUCCCAUAGUUCUUGAAUCUACUACAUCGUUCAGCAAUUAAACACGAGCCCGUCUGG